AUGGAGUUUCCUGCCUGCCGCACUCCUGAGUGGCUUCGAGCUGCCUUUGACGGGCCGCAGCAGCCUCAGGUGCAGCAGCAGCAGCAGCAGCAGCAGCAGCAGGGGGAGCAGCAGCAGCCAGCCCCAGCAGCAGCAGCAGCAGCAGCAGGACGGUUGAGAUGUCCUGAUUUUGUUUUUAAGGGGUUCAGCGCUACACCUCGUUUGCUGCUGUCCACAGCCAGCAGCACCACCGCAACUCCUUCUCGCCGCUCUUCAGCCCGCAGCAGCAGCAGCAGCAGCAGCAGCAGCAGCAGCAGCAGGAGCCUGUAUGAGGAGCGAGCAGCAGCAGUUAGCAACAGCAUUAGAGAGGCUUUGUUCCGUCAAGCUUUAUUUCAAAUACAGAAUGUAGAAGUACAGACACAGAGAAGCUGCAGCAAACCGCGAGUGCUUGCUGCUGCUGCAAUCACCUACGAUCGGCAGCAGCAGCAGAAGCUGCAGCAGCAGCAGCUGCAGCAAGCCGAAGCAGCAGCAGCGGCAGCAGACUCCUUCCCCGAGCGGCUCAAACACUCAGCCAAGGCCUUCCUGCUGCACCUCCGCAGCCGCAGCAGCAGCAGCAGCAGCAGCUUGGGGGAGCUGCUGCGCAGAGAGGAAUGGUAUGUCGAUCGCUGCGGCAGCAAAAGAGUGUAUGAGCGGGAUAUAGAACCCGCUGCUGCUGCUGCUGCAGCAGGCGAGGGAAAGUCUCGUCUGUUCAAGUCUUCUCUGCAGCAGCAGCAGCAGCAGCAGUUGCUGUUGCUGCUGUUGCAGGGGCAGCACUGCUGCCUUGAUGAGGCGCCGAUGAGGAGAUAA